CCCCGCCGCCCCGCGCAUUCCCGACCCUCCGGGCGGUGGCGGCGGCGGCGGCGGCGGCGGGGCCCGGCGGGGCCGGGGCGGGACCCCACGAUGCCGCAGCUGGAACCGACGGGGGGAGACGACUUGGGGGCCCCCGACGAGCUCAUCGCCUUCCAGGACGAGGGCGAGGAGCAGGACAAGGGCGCGGGGCGCGGCUCGGCCCACGGGGACCUGGACGAGCUCAAGUCCUCGUUGGUCAGCGAGACCGAGAACCGGGGGGCCCCCGGCCCCGGGGUCGGCCCCGGCCCCGAGGCGGAGCGGCCCCCGCCGCCCCGGGAAAGUUUCCAGAAGCCGCGGGACUCUCUGGCAGAAGUGGUCAGACGGCAAGAUGGGGGUUUUUUUAAGGGCCCCCCCUAUCCUGGCUACCCCUUCCUGAUGCUCCCUGAGCUGGGCAGCCCCUACCUCGCCAACGGAGCCCUCUCCCCCGGCGGAGCCCGCACCUACCUGCAGAUGAAGUGGCCGCUGCUGGACGUCCCUGCCGGGGCCACGCUGAAGGACAACCGCUCCCCUUCCCCUGCACACCUGGGUGCAGGAGGGCACGGGGGGCCCCAAGGCUGCCGUGCCCCCGCUCUGACCCCGUCCCUGCUCCCUCUGUCCCUCGCAGGGAUCCCGCGGCCGCCGCAYCCCCCCGAGCUGCCCCCCUAUUACCCGCUGUCUCCCGGAGCCGUGGGGCAGCUCCCGCACCCGCUGGGCUGGCUCGUGCCGCAGCAGGGACAGCCCGUGUACUCCAUUCCUGCUGGUGGCUUCCGRCACCCCUAUCCCGCCCUUGCCAUGAACGCCUCCAUGUCCAGGUGGGUCUGGGGGUUAGGAGGGACCCUCAGGGGCACCCCACAGCUGGCACUGGGUUUGGGACACUUUGCUGCRUGGGCACAGACCCMYCCCAGGCUGAAAAUGCCCCCAGAGRCACCAUCUCCCCUGCAGUGGCACUCGCUGUCGCGGGAGGAGCAGGCCAAGUACUACGAGCUGGCACGGAAGGAGCGGCAGCUGCACUCGCAGCUCUACCCGACCUGGUCGGCGCGGGACAACUACGGCAAGAAGAAGAAACGAAAGCGCGAGAAGCUGGCGCAGCAGCAGAGCCACGACGCGGACAGCUCCCUGCCCUCCAAGAGCAAGAAGCCGUGUGUGCCGUACCUGCCGGCCGAGAAGCCGUGUGCCAGCCCAGCCUCAUCCCACGGCAGCAUGCUGGACUCUCCGGCCACGCCRUCGGCAGCGCUGGCCUCUCCGGCCGCGCCGGCCGCCACCCACUCGGAACAGGCGCAGCCGCUCUCGCUCACCACCAAGCCAGAGGCCAGGGCUCACCUCGCCGUGCAUUCCACCAUCCUCACCAGCAAAGCCUCCUCUUCUUCUUCCUCYUCYUCCUCCUCUUCCUCCUCCUCCUCCUCCUCCAGCCUCAGCAGCCCCCCCUCGCUCCUGUCCAGACCCAUCCCCUUCUCCUCGGUGCCCCCCUCAGCUCUCCUGUCCUCACCCCCUGGUUCCAUCCCGGCUGCCCUGGCUGUGCUGCAGACACAGCCCCUCUCCCUGGUCACCAAACCUGCUGACUAAGGGAAAAGCCUCGUUGCCCCCUUGCCCUGCCGUCCCCUCUCCGCUGUACAUUGCAGAAGCCACAAUCAAGAUUCAAACGCAGCCAAAACCAUUAUUGGUCAAUAUUUGACCCUUUCUGAACUCUUUGGAAGCAGACUCUAGAGGAAGGGGCUUUCUGCUCAGAGCUGCUGCCAGCAGUCGACCUAAAGACUGUUUUUAUUAAAAAAAAAGGAGAAAAAAAAAGGAAAAAAAAAAAUAA